AUGAAGAUGAUUCUGGUGCGCAGGUUCCGCGUGCUCAUCCUGAUGGUGUUCCUAGUGGCCUGCGCUCUGCACAUCGUGCUGGAUCUGCUACCCAAACUGGAGCGACGCGGCGCGCGCCCUCCGGGAGAGUCCGGCUGCUCGUGCGCGCAGCCCGUGGCCGAGGCGGUGGCGCCUGGCUGGGCCCAGGCGCGGGGCCACCCCGUGGAGCCCCCAGCCGCUGCCGCCGAGCCUGGCUGGCCCAACAAGCACACGCUGCGCAUCCUCCAGGACUUCAGCUCCGACCCUUCUUCCAACCUCACGUCCCACUCUCUGGAGAAGCUGCCGCCCGCGGCUGAGCCGGCUGAGGGCGCCUGGCGAGGGCAGGACCCUGGCUCCGCACAGCCCCGCGACCCCGCGCACCGGCCGCUGCUCCGAGACCAUGGUCCGCGGAGGUCGGCGCCGCCUCCGGGCCCCGGCGGGGAUGGUUCUUUCUUGGUCAGACUGUUUGAACAUCCCCUCUACCGGGUGGCCGUCCCUCCACUAACAGGGGACGACGUCCUGUUUAAUGUCAAUAGUGACAUCCGGUUCAACCCCAAGGCAGUCGAGAACCCCGACUGGCCGCAGGAGGGUAACGAAGGUGCAGAAUUCCUACCUACGGGGGGCACGGCUGUGGACGCAUACCCCAAUUGGCUGAAAUUCCACAUUGGCAUCAACCGUUAUGAGCUCUACUCCAGACACAACCCUGCCAUCGAGGCAUUAUUGCACGACCUGGGCUCUCAGAAGAUAACCAGUGUGGCUAUGAAGUCGGGGGGUACGCAGCUCAAGCUCAUCAUGAUGUUCCAGAAUUACGGGCAGGCGCUGUUCAAGCCCAUGAAACAAACAAGGGAGCAGGAGACACCCCCUGACUUCUUUUAUUUCUCCGACUACGAGAGGCAUAAUGCAGAGAUCGCAGCUUUCCACCUGGAUAGGAUCCUGGACUUCCGCCGAGUCCCUCCCGUGGCAGGCAGGAUGGUCAACAUGACCAAGGAGAUCAGGGAUGUCACUCGAGACAAGAAAUUAUGGAGAACCUUCUUCAUCUCACCAGCCAACAACAUCUGCUUCUAUGGCGAAUGUUCCUACUACUGCUCUACGGAGCAUGCGCUAUGUGGGAAACCAGACCAGAUCGAGGGCUCGCUGGCGGCUUUUCUUCCUGACCUGUCACUGGCCAAGAGGAAGACUUGGAGGAACCCCUGGCGGCGCUCCUACCACAAGCGCAAGAAGGCCGAGUGGGAGGUGGACCCAGACUACUGCGAGGAAGUGAAGCAGACACCACCCUACGAUAGCCCCCACCGAAUCUUGGACCUCAUGGACAUGACCAUCUUCGAUUUCCUCAUGGGAAACAUGGAUCGCCACCACUAUGAGACCUUUGAGAAGUUUGGAAAUGAGACGUUCAUCAUCCACUUGGACAACGGAAGAGGGUUUGGGAAGCACUCCCAUGAUGAGCUCUCUAUCCUGGUGCCUUUACAGCAAUGCUGCAGGAUCAGGAGGUCCACCUACCUACGGCUGCAGCUCCUGGCCAAGGAGGAGUACAAGCUGAGCCUCUUGAUGGCCGAGUCUCUGCGGAGGGACCGGGUAGCCCCAGUUCUCUACCCGCUGCACCUGGAGGCGCUGGACAGGCGGCUGCGCUUGGUACUGCGUGCUGUGGGGGACUGCGUGGAGAAGAACGGAAUCCGCAGCGUGGUGGAAGAUGACCUAGGUUCAGAUCGCACUGCCGCCACCUCCACGGCCACGAGCGAGGCCCGAAGCAGCGGUGCAGGCCUAUGGAAGCUGCCCCCAGCUCCUCUCAUCGGACCACCCAACAAGCUACUCCCUCCUCCCGCCGCCGGUCAGAGGGUCACCGAGAACCAUGGCUCGGCUCCUCCGCCCCCCCAACCCCCGCGCCGCUGUCACCGGUGGCUAGGGCCUCCUCGCGCCGGGAUUGGACGCAUGAGAGCGAGGUGGGGCGGGCGGAGGACCCCAGAAACCCCGGUUCCCGGCUCCCGCGCAGAGCAGACGCGGCGAGCUCUCGGCGGGAGAAGCUGGCUCCAGCUCCAUCAGGACCGGCGGGCGGCGCGGAGGCGGUGGCAACAGCAGCUUUAG